GCCGGCGCGGCCCGAGUGAGCGGCGGCCGCCGGGGAUGGCCGGGCCGCCCGGGCGCCGGGCGCUGCUGCUGCUGCUGGGGCCGCUGCUGGCGGCGGGCGGCGCGGCGCUGGAGAUCGGCCGCUUCGACCCCGAGCGCGGGCGGGCGCCGGCGCCGUGCCAGGCGGUGGAGAUCCCCAUGUGCCGCGGCAUCGGCUACAACCUGACCCGCCUGCCCAACCUGCUGGGCCACACGUCGCAGGGCGAGGCGGCCGCCGAGCUGGCCGAGUUCGCGCCGCUCGUGCAGUACGGCUGCCACCGCCACCUGCGCUUCUUCCUGUGCUCGCUCUACGCGCCCAUGUGCACCGACCAGGUCUCGACGCCCAUCCCCGCCUGCCGGCCCAUGUGCGAGCAGGCGCGGCUGCGCUGCGCGCCCAUCAUGGAGCAGUUCAACUUCGGCUGGCCCGACUCGCUCGACUGCGCGCGGCUGCCCACGCGCAACGACCCGCACGCGCUGUGCAUCGAGGCGCCCGAGAACGCCACGGCGGGCCCGGCCGAGCCGCACAAGGGCCUGGGCAUGCUGCCCGUGGCGCCGCGGCCCGCGCGGCCCCCCGGCGGCGACGCGGGCCCGGGCCCCGGGGGCCCCGGGGGCGCGGGCGGCGGCGGCGGCGCCUGCGAGAACCCCGAGAAGUUCCAGUACGUGGCCAAGAGCCGCUCGUGCGCGCCGCGCUGCGGCCCCGGCGUCGAGGUGUUCUGGUCGCGGCGGGACAAGGACUUCGCGCUCGUGUGGAUGGCCGUGUGGUCGGCGCUCUGCUUCUUCUCCACCGCCUUCACCGUGCUCACCUUCCUGCUGGAGCCGCACCGCUUCCAGUACCCCGAGCGCCCCAUCAUCUUCCUGUCCAUGUGCUACAACGUCUACUCGCUGGCCUUCCUCAUCCGCGCCGUGGCCGGCGCGCAGAGCGUGGCCUGCGACCAGGAGGCCGGCGCCCUCUACGUGAUCCAGGAGGGCCUGGAGAACACGGGCUGCACCCUGGUCUUCCUGCUGCUCUACUACUUCGGCAUGGCCAGCUCGCUCUGGUGGGUGGUGCUGACGCUCACCUGGUUCCUGGCCGCCGGCAAGAAGUGGGGCCACGAGGCCAUCGAGGCGCACGGCAGCUACUUCCACCUGGCCGCCUGGGGCCUGCCGGCGCUCAAGACCAUUGUCAUCCUGACCCUGCGCAAGGUGGCCGGCGACGAGCUCACGGGGCUCUGCUACGUGGCCAGCAUGGACGCGGCGGCGCUCACGGGCUUCGUGCUGGUGCCGCUCUCCUGCUACCUAGUGCUGGGCACCAGCUUCCUCCUGACUGGCUUCGUGGCCCUCUUCCACAUCCGCAAGAUCAUGAAGACAGGAGGCACCAACACCGAGAAGCUGGAGAAGCUCAUGGUCAAGAUCGGCGUCUUCUCCAUCCUCUACACCGUGCCGGCCACCUGCGUCAUCGUGUGCUAUGUCUAUGAGCGCCUUAACAUGGACGUGUGGCACCUCCGGGCCACGGAGCAGCCGUGCGUGGCAGCCCCCACGCCCGGGGGCCGACGGGACUGCUCGCUGCAGGGGGGCUCGGUGCCCACCGUGGCCGUGUUCAUGCUCAAGAUCUUCAUGUCGCUGGUGGUGGGCAUCACCAGCGGCGUCUGGGUGUGGAGCUCCAAGACUUUCCAGACCUGGCAGAGCCUGUGCCACCGCAAGAUGGCAGCCGGCCGGGCGCGGGCCAAGGCCUGCCGGGCUCCCGGGGGCUAUGGUCACGGCCCCCACUGCCAUUACAAGGCUCCUACCGUGGUGUUGCACAUGACUAAGACAGAUCUCUCUCUGGAGAACCCCACACAUCUCUAGGGACACAGGGCGGCCCCAGGCGGCUGUUGCCCCCUGCCAGCCUCCCCCCCUCGCCGGAGGAAACAGCUGAGGAACAGCUGCCCAGCUGUCAGGCCAGGCAAGUGAGCAGAAGGGCCCCUGUAGCGGGUGGAGAGAUGCCUUCCAGCCUCCCUUGUCCAGGCCCCAGU